GCAGCGGUGACGUCAGUCACCUCCCGGAUUCCUGAUUUCUGGACAGAUCAGCCCCGUGUAUGGUUUGUCAGGGCGGAAUCCGUGCUGUUACCACAAAAGAUGGGAGAUGAUACUAAAUUCAACAUCGUGGUGUCGAAAUUGGGAAAGGAUGUGAUACAACAAAUCACAGACAUCCUUUUCUCACCUCCCGAACAAGACAAAUAUGGAGCUCUUAAGAAGAAGCUGCUGGACAUUUUUGAGGAAUCAGAAACGAGGCAGCUGCAGAAGCUCAUCAGCGAGAUGGACUUGGGAGAACAGAAACCGUCUCAGUUGUUACGCAGGAUGAAGGACCUGGCUCGGGAGAAGCUUCCGGACGAUACUCUCCGUAUUUUGUGGCAGACGCAUUUACCGCAAGCAGUCCGUGCAGUUCUGGCAGUCACGGAAACCAAGAACCUGGAUCAACUGGCCAACGUCGCAGACAAGGUAGCAGAAUCCAUCCAGCCACCUCAAUUGGCGGAGGUCAAGACAAGUGGCGGUCUUCGGCAAGACCAGGACAACGACGUGCAUGCGGCCAUCGCGGAGCUGAGCCACAAGUUCGACCAGUUACUGAAGAGCCGUACAUCAUCUCGCCCGCCCUAUAGAGGUAACAGCCGUGGGCAGCGACGGCGUUCGCAGUCCCGUGCGCCGAGUGAUUGGGUAUGUUUUUACCAUUACCGUUUCAAAGACCGUGCUACCAAAUGUGUGCCCCCUUGCGCUUUUAAGAAGGGAAACCCCUAGAGGUGCAGGUCACGGAGGCGGAUGCCUGCACCAUCGCCCCAGCACAACGCCUAUGCAUCUUGGACAGUAAUAGUGGAUAUAAUUUUUUAAUAGAUACCGGCGCAAACGUAUCCGUCAUUCCAGUAGAUAAAAACAGUGCCAGAUCAAAAUGUAGUGAUUUUAAGUUAUAUGCUGCUAAUGGUACGGUUAUUAAUACUUUUGGUUCAAAAAUGUUAGUUGUAAGUUUUAAGUUAAGGAGGGCAUUUCGUUGGAAUUUUAUUAUAGCCGAUGUGAAACAGGCAAUUAUUGGAGCUGAUUUUUUAACACAUUUUGGGUUAUUGGUAGAUUUAAAGUUCCGGAAAUUAAUAGAUAAAUUAACUAAUUUUAAUUCCUUGGCAUCCAUAGUUAACACUAGUUGCUCUAGUUUAAAUACUAUUAAUAAAGAUCACCCGUACCGUGAUGUCAUAAAUAAGUUUCCUAACAUUACUAAACCAUGCAAUUUUAACGAUCCGCCGUCACAUGACGUAUAUCACUAUAUAGAGACGACGGGUUCUCCU